AUGCUUCCACCAUCUGAAUCCAUCCUUCAUCAAUUCCACAAAUUAGCCGAAUCACAAGAAGAUUCCGAUCAGACAAACACCAUUACACCGCCACCUCCAUACUCUCCUUCCGCUCACAAUCUCCAAAAAGAACUUGAAGCCGAAAAUGCCUCCUCUCAUGGGGAAACAGACCAAACCAGCCUCAUAACCAUCCACAUCGACGCAUCAAUGAGCAUUCAGGGCAACGCAAACAGCAUCAUCCUCCCAUCAGCUCCAGCUCCAGCCCCAGUAUCAACCCUCAAUCCCCAGGCAUCACCCGCUUCCAUUCCAUCCUCAACAUCAGCCUCCACCGUCCCGCAAUCAUCCCCAUACCAGCGCCAUUCCAAAUUGACAGACAUGGCCACAUCUAUCAUUACGGCUUUGCAUCGCACGGGUCAUCUCAAUUCUACCGACAACUCCGGUGCAGCAGCAGAAAAUUUAAUUGCAUCACCAUCACCAUCUGUUACGCUGAAUAUCAACACCGGGAUCAAAAUCCUGGGAAGUGGGAAUGUAAUUUGCGUGGGGAUGGGUGGACAAAGAGGAAUGGGGAUGAAUGUGCUAAAGAGGAAGAGGAGGGCUUCUUCCGAACCCCCGGAGGUAGCUACUACAUCUGCUGCUCCUACUGCUAAGAGGGCGCGGUAG